UGUGCUACAUCAGAAUUUUGAGAGUUAUAAGCCUGAAGUGCAGGAACUGAUCUGUGCGGCUGAUCGUCUGGGAUCACUGAUGCAGUACGAGACGCCUGGUUUCCUGCCAAACAAGAGGAUACACAGAGCCAUGGGCCUGGCAGCUUUGGAAGUCAUGCAAGCCGUACAACGUACGUGGACCAACUCAAAGGUCCGGAUGAACGGGAAGACACGGCUGAUGCAGUGGAGAGACAUGUUCGACGUCGCGGUGAAGUGGCGGAGGAUUGCUGACCCAGAUCAGCCUGUGCUGUGGUUAGACCAAAUGCCAGCACGAAGUCUCAGCAGAGGUUUUAACAACCACAUCAAUUUAAUCAGGGGUCAGGUGAUUAACAUGAGAUAUCUGGAAUAUUUUGAGAAAAUACUUCAUUUUAUUAAAGACAGAAUCCUUGUUUAUCAUGGAGCUAAUAACCCUAAAGGCUUGUUGGAAGUUAGAGAGGCUCUGGAGAAGGUGCACAGAGUCGAGGACCUUCUUCCAGUUAUGAAGUUUAAUACUAAAACGAAGGAUGGGUUCACCGUGAACACAAAAGUCCCCAGCCUCAAGGACCAGGGGAAGGAGUAUGAGGGAUUCACGGUCACCGUCACAGGAGACAAAGUUGGCAAUAUUCUGUUUUCAGUGGAAACUCAAACCACAGAAGAGAGGACGCAAUUAUAUCACGCUGAAAUAGAUGCCCUUUACAAAGAUCUGACAGCAAAAGGAAAAGUAUUGAUUCUUUCGUCAGAAUUUGGGGAGGCUGAUGCUGUCUGCAACCUGAUCUUGUCCUUAGUUUAUUACUUUUAUAAUUUAAUGCCACUCUCUCGAGGAUCCAGUGUCAUCGCCUACUCAGUCAUCGUGGGGGCGCUGAUGGCCAGUGGGAAGGAAGUAGCUGGGAAGAUCCCCAAGGGGAAGUUAGUUGAUUUUGAAGCUAUGACAGCCCCCGGCUCAGAGGCCUUUAGCAAAAUAGCUAAAAGCUGGAUGAACUUGAAAAGAGUAGAAAAGCAAAGCUCAGAAGCACUCCCACGAAAGCCGUUCGAAUGCCCCUUUGCUCUUUGGCUCCCACUGACAGACACUCACCGUGUCCUCAGCGUCAAGAGCUGGAGGCUGUGUGUCUCCGACUCAGUGCCCGGUGCCCCCGGAUGCCCCCACAAGGACACAGAGCAGAAAGGCGACCUCCGCUCAGCUGCCUGCUCACCGGAGAAAGCAAAGGCCACGCAGCGGGCUCCAGGACAAGCUAACCAAGCGCAGUGGCGGGACCCAGUCCAGGUGCGGAGGGUCGAGGCCCGAGCCACCUGCCGGGUCCCUCUCCGAGGCCGGGGACUCAUCGUCUAUGAACGCUCUAGGCCCGGCACUGUCCGGACCCCCAGGUCGUGCCACCCGAGUGUGUCGCUCAUCGCCGGCGUCCUGGGGGCUCGGAGAGUGACAACGCAGGCGGAGCGGCCGGGGGCGCCCUGGGGGGAGAAAAGCCUCCUCGGUCCAGCAGUGACCACCGGGGUCACCACCGAUAACAAGCCCUAA